CAUAUCUUCUGCUAUUGCUUUGCUGCCUGGUCUGUAGCUGGCUGUGGGGCUUCUAGACUCUCUGAUCUCGGUGCACUUAAGCAGGCUUCCCCUACAACCAAAAAGAUGUGGUCACAUCAGAGGAAAUGGAGGAAGUUCAAAUCCCCACUUGAAUUUCCUUUGGAGGCCAAGUACAGGCCUAUUCUUGAGAGCACUUUUCCUAUAGACCCCAUGAGCCGUUUCAACUUGAAGAGGGGUUCCCCUCAGGAAGAGUUCCCCUACUUGAGGGGCAAUCAUACUUUAAUGGGCGAAAUCCUCACUCUGCAUCUUUACACGCGACAGUUCAACCGGGCCACAGAAAGUGGAGUCAUCUUUGACGAUAUCAUUCGGCCUGGCUUAGAAGACCCUGGUAAGCCCACAGAGCCAGGUCAGGUCAAGUCAGUGGGCUGUUUGGCUGGCGAUGCCCAAUCCUACAUCCUCUUCUGUGACUUCUUUGACCGCAUCAUUGAGGCCUAUCAUGACUACAAAAUGACCAGUACACAGGAGAGUGACUUCAACAGCGGCAACCUAAAGGGAGGGGAGGACUUUGAUGCGGCCUAUGCUGUGAGCUGUGAGAUCAGAGCGGCUCGCUGUGUGGAGGACUUCUGCUUCCCAAUGCACUGCAGCAGGGGAGAGCGCAGGGCACUUCUCUCACUGGCACAGAAAGCUCUGACCAAGUUGUCUGAGGAGUUCCCAGGCAAGCUGUACUCGAUGGAGCAGCUGAGUCAAGAUGGCGACGGGAAGGGGCUGUCCAUGAUGAGCCCAUCCCCUGCCAUGUGCAAGAUUGGAGUGGCCCGCGAUUGGCCCAGUGCCAGGGCUGUGUGGGUGAGUGAGAACGGACAACUGGUCAUAUUGGUCAACUUUGAGGACCAUCUCAAACUUGAGUGCACCAGGACAGACGCCAAUCUCCAGCUGGCAUUUGACUGCAUCUGUGCCAACCUGCUGAGGCUGGAGAAACUGUACAAAAAUCUGCGCCACACAUUUGUGUGGAAGGAACACUUGGGCUGGGUGGUGAGCUCUCCUGCCGAGGUGGGCACAGCCUUGAAGGCCAGCGUCACCGUCAGGCUGCAGCACCUGCCUGGUCACAAGCGCCUUGAGAAUGUCCUGGACAGACUGCGCCUCCACAUGAUUCCUACUGACAAACCCGGCCUGUACAUAGUGACCAACACUCCCACCAUUGGCUUCACAGAGGUGGGUGUGGUCCAGCUAGUUGUGGAUGGUGUGAAGCUGCUCAUUAGCAUGGAGAAGAGGCUGGAGAACCACGGGGGAAUAGACGAUCUAGUACCUACACACAAACUCAGCGGCUACACAGACACACAGCUACACGUCUAAAAGGAGCAGCUACACUAGGAGUCCUGUGAUGACAACAAAGUUUAUGUGUCAUGUGUAAGGUAAACGGUCUUCAUAUGGUUUUUAAAAACAAUGUGGCCCUUGUUGUGGAACAGCACAUGGUGAAUUACAAUAUGCAUACCUAAAAUUCUGAAAAUAAAUUACCUUUGUCAUUU